AUGAUCAAUAAGAAGUCAUUGCAGCAUCCAUUUAUAGAAAUAGUAACACUAAGAGCACCUAGACAACUACAACCAAUCAUCCAUCUCAGGAAUCAACAACCAUUUUACAAUAUUGUUCCAUCGUCAAAAAAUAUUUCCUACAUGCGACAGCUGGGUCAUUUAGGACUUGGAAAUUUUCAAUCUCUUUCAUUCGUAACGCCAGGACCCUAUCAAAGAGGCUUCAAAUCCAUGUUAAUCAAGGCAAAUAACACACCAACGGCAAAAAUGUCAAUUAUCACAAAACCCAAUAGUAUUCUCAAGAAACGAAAUCAUUAUGGUACCUAUUACGAAAUGCCUUGGUACAAUCAUAAAACCACUGGAUACAAUUACAAUAAAAAACAUUUCACUGACUAUGGCUUCUAUCAUGGAAACAAUCAUCUCACCAGUAAUGAUCACAAACACGAUCAUCAUCACGCUCAUCAUCAUGGACACUCAAGUCAACACAAUCAUCUACACGGUCACAAACAUCAAGCCCAUCAUCAACAUAAACACGGUCACUAUCAAGAUCAUCAUCACACUCACAACGAAAAUCACAAUGAACAACACAAUCACGAUCACAAACACGACAACAAUCAUCAACACACCCACCAACAUCAAAACAAUCACAACCACCAACACGGUCAUCAUCACAAUCACGGUCAUCAACAUCACUCCCAACAUGAACAUCACGAGGAACAUAAACACGUCGGUGAACAUCAUCAUCAUCACAAACACACCCAUCACAAUGAACAUCAUCAUCAUCACGAGCAUCAUCAUCACAACGAACAUCAUCAUCAUCACACCCACAAGGAAACCGAAACGCAUCAUCAUCAUCAUGGACACGAGCACAAACAGGAUCACAAACACGAGCAUCAAGAGCAACAUCAACAUCAACAUGGACACGAUCAUAAACACGCCCACCAAGAGGAACACAAACACGAGCAUAAACAAGAUCAUCAUCACAAUCAUGCCCACGAUCAUAAGCAAAAUCAUCAAGAGGAACACAAACACUCACAUCACGAGGGACAUCAUCAUAAACACGGACAUCUACACAAACACGAUCACAAUGAAGAACAUAAACACGAACAUCAAGAAUCUCACAAACACGAUCACGACGAGGAACAUCAACAUAAACACGGUCAUCAUCAUAAACACGGGCACAACGAGGGACAUCAUCACAAUCAUCAGGAGGAACACAAACAUGAACAUCAUCAAGAUCACAAGCAUCUACAUCAUCAACAUCAUAAACACGGACAUCUUCAUAAAGAGGAACAUAAACACAAUCAUGAUCAUAAACAUCAUCACAAUCAUCACGAGCAACACAAACAUCAGGAGGAUCACAAACAUCAUGAAGGACACCAUCAUGGUCAUCAUCAUGAACAUGAUCACAAACAUAAUCAUCAUGGACACAAUCAUGGUCAUAAUCAUGAUCACAAUCAUGGACAUAAUCAUGAACAUAAUCAUCAUCAUGAGAAUGGACAUCAUCAUCAUCAUCAUAAUGGUCACAGUCUUUAUAAUGGACACGGUCAACGAAUUGAGAAAAAUCAUCAUCAGAAAUAUCAUGAACUUAUUCAUCCAACUUAUGCAGGAUUUAAUAUCAAUAAUAUUCUCGAGAAAUAUAAUCCCUACAUACUUGGCAAUCAGAAUAACAAUAAUAAUAAUAAUAAUAAUAAUUUUGCUUCGUACGCAAGUGGCUCGGGUGAAUAUAUUUUUCCUGAGGAGAGUGCACCGAUUGUAGCAAGCGCACCUAAUGUAGCAAGGACACCUCUUGUAGCAAGUUCAUCCAUUGUAUCCGCUUCCGUUACUACAAACGCACCAAUUACUGUAACAACCUCUCUUAACCGAACCUCUAUUAACCUAACAAAAGUUAAACCAACAAAGAAGAAUAGUGCCUUCAUUAUUCGAGUUAAAAGUUAA